UUCUGAUUCUUCAGAUCAAAUCACAGCUGGAAAUCUGUGUCAGAGUGAGACGUCUGUCUGAGAGCUGCAGCUCCUACUGCGGACGGAGGAAGAGCGCGCGCCGGGCUUUCUGUGACGGGAGCGCGCGCACUCACCCACACGCACACACCCGCCGCGCGGCCAGGGCCCCGGCCAGCCUCUGCUCCCCCCUCUCUCCUUUUUUUUCCGGUAAAACUCCGUCUUCUCUCCGGUUCCCUCCCGGCAGACCGCCCCUCCGGCGGACUGCUGCCAGACCCUCCACCGGAUCACCGAGUUCCAGCGGUCCGCCGUGAUUUACGCCCCACCGCCGGUGGGCCUCAGCUGUUCCCCCCUCCCCCUCUGCCUACUCCGGUACCGGCCGGUGACGUCACCCUGAAGCCGUGGAAGACGCGCUGCUCCGGCCGGUGAAACUUUUUUUGUGCUCCGGACCCCCAGACCCGCAACGACACCAGGACCGGAACUACGGCUGACACCCCCCCCGGGCUGUUUAUUUAUCUGCUGUACGAGCGGAGAUGAGGAGCGCGUGAAGGCAGCGCGUGGCUUCCACGAGACUCGCGGUACCGUGAAGGGGAGUGGGCGGAGCUGGACCAUGGCGAGCGCCUCUGUCAAGGUGGCUGUCCGGGUCCGACCGUUCAACGCCAGAGAGACGGGCCGCAACGCCAAGUGUGUGAUCCAGAUGCAGGGAAACACCACCUGCAUCUCCAACCCCAAACAGCCCAAAGAUGGAGCCAAGAACUUCACCUUUGACCACUCCUACUGGUCGCACACAGCGCCUGAGGACCCGCAGUUCGCCUCCCAGCAUCAGGUCUACAAGGACAUCGGCGAGGAGAUGCUGCUGCACGCCUUUGAAGGUUACAACGUGUGCAUCUUUGCAUACGGUCAGACGGGGGCAGGAAAGAGCUACACCAUGAUGGGGAAGCAGGAGCCGGGUCAGGAGGGGAUCAUCCCACAGCUGUGUGAGGAUCUGUUCCAGAGGACCGGAGAGAACUCUGAUCCAGACCUGACCUACUCUGUGGAGGUGUCCUAUAUGGAGAUCUACUGCGAGCGGGUCCGGGAUCUUUUGAGCCCCAAGUCUGAGGGCAGUCUGCGGGUCCGAGAGCACCCCAUCCUGGGCCCGUACGUGGAGGACUUGUCCAAGCUGGCUGUGACCGGUUUCUGCGACAUCCGGGACCUGAUGGACGCCGGCAACAAGGCCCGGACGGUUGCUGCCACCAACAUGAACGAGACUUCGUCCCGCUCGCACGCCGUCUUCACCAUCGUCUUCACCCAGAGGAGGCGGGACCAGAUGACCAGCCUGGACACGGAGAAGGUCAGUAAGAUCAGCCUGGUGGAUCUGGCUGGAAGUGAGCGCGCCGACUCGUCAGGGGCAAAGGGAACCCGACUCAAGGAAGGAGCGAACAUCAACAAGUCUCUGACCACGCUGGGAAAGGUCAUCUCGGCUCUGGCUGAAAUGCAGGGCAGCAAGAAGAGGAAGAGCGACUUCAUUCCCUACAGAGACUCGGUGCUCACCUGGCUGCUGAAGGAGAACCUGGGAGGGAACUCUCGGACGGCCAUGAUUGCAGCUCUGAGUCCGGCUGACAUCAACUAUGAGGAAACUCUCAGCACCCUGAGGUAUGCGGACCGCGCCAAACAGAUCCGCUGCAACGCCAUCAUCAACGAAGAUCCCAACGCCAAACUGAUCCGGGAGCUGAAGGCGGAGGUGGACCGGCUGAGGAACCUGCUGUUCUCCCAGGGCCUCCACGAGCUGCUGGACAACGCCGUCAACAACAGUCUGCUGCAGGCUGGGACCGGACCCCCCCCCUCCACCCUGCAGCUGACUCACACAACCAAUGGGAUUGCCCCUGAAGAUAGCCCCGCCCCCACAGAUGAUCAGGUGUCUGCUGAGGACACGCCCCCCCACCCGCUGAUGGAGGACGGAGAGGAGGCGGUUUCCACGGAGACCAUCAGCAAAGAAGAGGCCGCAGAGAGGCUGAUGGAGACGGAGAAGAUCAUCGCGGAGCUGAACGAGACGUGGGAGGACAAGCUGAGGAAGACAGAGUCCAUCCGCCUGGAGAGGGAGACGCUGCUGGCAGAGAUGGGCGUGUCCAUCAAGGAGGACGGAGGAACGCUGGGCGUGUUCUCCCCGAAAGGAACGCCUCACCUGGUCAACCUGAAUGAAGACCCCCUGAUGUCUGAGUGUCUGCUGUACUACAUCAAGGAGGGGGUCACCAGGGUUGGACAGCAGGACGUGGACAUCAAACUGUCCGGUCAGUUCAUUAAAGAGAUCCACUGUGUCUUCAUCAAUGAGACCAAUGAGCAGGGAGAAGCCAUCGUGACGCUGGAGCCGCUGGUGGGAGCAGAGACCUACGUCAACGGGAAGCAGAUCACAGAAGCCGUGGUUCUGAAACAAGGGAACCGCAUCGUGAUGGGGAAGAACCACGUGUUCCGGUUCAACCACCCGGAGCAGGCCCGGCUGGAGAGGGAGCGCAGCGCCUCUGCAGACCAGCAGGGGGAACCGGAGGACUGGAACUACGCUCAGAGGGAGCUGCUGGAGAAGCAGGGCAUCGACAUCAAGCUGGAGAUGGAGAAGAGGCUGCAGGACGUAGAGACUCAGUAUCGCAGAGAGAAGGAGGAGGCUGACCUGAUCCUGGAGCAGCACCGGCUGUAUGCAGACAGCGACAGCGGGGACGACUCUGACAAACGCUCCUGUGAGGAGAGCUGGAGGCUGAUCUCCUCUCUCAGGGAGAAGCUGCCGGCCAAUAAGGUUCAGACCAUAGUGAAGCGCUGCGGCCUCCCCAGCAGUGGGAAGAGGAGGGAGCCCCUCAGAGUCUACCAGAUCCCCCAGAGGAGAAGGAUCAGCAAAGACCCCAAACGGGUCACCAUGGAGGACCUGCGGAUGCAGGCCGUCAAGGAGAUCUGCUACGAGGUGGCUCUGGGAGACUUCCGUCACUCUCGGCAGGAGAUCGAGGCGCUGUCCAUCGUCAAGAUGAAGGAGCUGUGCCGCAUGUACGCCAAGAAGGACUCGAACGAGCGGGACAGCUGGAAGGCCGUGGCCCAGGACGUCUGCGACACUGUAGGCAUUGGGGAGGAGCGCAGCCCCCCCGCUGAGGAGGGAGGGGCCGAGACGGGCGAGGGAGGAGAGAAGGUUAAAGUGUACGACCUUAAGGCUCACAUCGAUAAGCUGACGGACAUCCUGGAGGAGGUGAAGCUGCAGAACAACAUGAAGGACGAGGAGAUCAAAGCUCUCAGGGACAGAAUGGUGAAGAUGGAGAGCGUCAUACCUGUCCAGGAUGAAGACGUAAACGGAGAGGAAGGUGAGUCCGUGCAGAUGGGCGGGGCCGAGGACUGCUGCGACCCCCCCGAGGUGCGAGUGCAGCGGCUGAUGGAGGAGGACCCGGCGUUCCGGAGGGGGCGCCUCCGCUGGCUGAAGCAGGAACAGCAGCGGAUCCUGAAUCUGCAGCAGCAGAACGUCACCAAGAAGCUGCGGGGACAGAACCCAGGUCAGAACACCCCCACGGUGCCGGUCCAUUUACCGGGGACGGGUCGCUUCAUCCCCCCCCAGGAGUGCAAGCUGAAGUUCCCCUUCAAGAGCAAUCCGGCCCACCGGUUGUCAUGGGGACCGGCCAGCGCCGCCCUGCAGGCUCUGGGGCUGGGGGAGGGAGGGGGGGAGGGAGCCAAUCAGAAAGAAGACGAAGGAGCGGAGAUCAAAAGCUCCCCCCCACCUCCCUCUGCUCCGCAGGGUCAACCUGCUGCUUUGCCCCUCCCCUUCCCGGCGCCGCCCUCCCGCAUGCGUACGCCCAGCCCUCAGCGCGCUUGGCAACAGCGUAACCAUGGGAACCAGGGAAACUUCAACUACCAACCAGGCAACAACCAAAACUACCAGCAGCGCUACCGUCGCAACUCCCUGGACAGCUCCCCCCAGGGCAACUACGACAACGACCAGCAAUAUGGGGGCGGGGCCAACGGCAGCCACCAGGGAAGACCCAGACAGAGGAGGGGGGCGUCGCCUGUCCCGGGUCGAGGGGGGCCAGCAAAUAGGGACAGAGACGGGGGCUUUCCAUUCAACAAUCAACGGCAGCACCAUCAGUUCCAAAACCACCCCUACUACAACCUCCACAAUGCACCAUUCCACCCAGGGCCCCACCCCCACUUCCACAGUCUGCCUCGCACUGGAGCCCCGCCCUUCCCACGGGAAAUUCUGAUGGGGAUGGGGCCCCCACCGGGCAUGUGGAGCUUCAACACGCCCCCCAGGAUGAGGCGACAGUUCAGCGCGCCGGACCUCAAAAAGGAAAACCCCAUGUGACCUCACGGAGGCCGUUGAUUGGCUGUGGGACAGUGGGUGGAGCUUAUGCUGUAUAUGUGUGUGUUUGAGCACUUUUCACAGUUACACACAUGGAUUUCUUUCCUUCUGUGUGUUGCCAUAGCAACACAGUUCAGUAAACCGUUUCAGCCUCGCUGUUUGUGGGAGGGUCCUAGUUUAGGGGGAGGGUCAAAGGUUGGAAAGGUGGAGGCGGCCGGAGCACUCGGCGGCCCGUUAGCGCUCAGAUGACUCAUGAGGAAGGUUCGAGCCCCACGCUCAGGGGUGUCCCAUCGGUAGUUAUCCUUAAAGUUUGUGUCAUGUGACACAAUCGGAAUACUGCGAUCUAAAUGAUUAGACAAUCGUUGAUCAUCGCUGGCAGGAAAAACGUUACACCUUUCUGUAAGACGAGCAACGUUACGAUAUUUGACAGAUAAAUCAAUGUUCAAUGAACAAAAGGUUUUGACCCAUUGACAUCGGAGCUUUAGCUACUUUCAGCUAAUGUGACUUUGUUUGCGCAGGUAAAUCCGCGGAUUCUGUCGCGGAGAACAGCGGCCGCUCACCGCUAACGUAAAGUGUUGCAUAUCAGCAAAACACUUUCCGCUAGCGCUGGGCCGCUCUUCCUCAGAAUCCGUUUGUACAAAUGGUUGCUAUUGUUCAGAGCGGAUUAUUUUGACGUCGCCGGCGACAUCUCCGAUGUUAAAGGGUUAAACCUGCUAACAACAAAUUUUGAAAAUUGAACUCCAGAACUUUAUCGUCACAGUAUUUUUUUUAAUUCGAUAAACGCGUCGUCUCGUGUGCAUCUGCAGCUCGUUGGUUUCUCCGUAGUUCUUUUUUCGUGGCGUCACCGUCUCCGGUGACCUGAAGCUCGUUUCCUUGUUUGCGUGCGACUCGAGCACUUCACGGCUACAAACCAAAGAGAGGCGCUCUGUGGCGCCCCCUGCAGGCUGAGACGCUAAAGGCUAGCCUGAGCGCGGCGUGUUGCUGUUUGUGGAUAUUUGAAGUGUACGUUGUUUUAGAAGAAGAAGAAUCCGUCAUAAAGACAGGCAGCGGUGCGUUCACUGUCUCUGGCAAUCGCGGGAGAUUCACUGAUGGCAGAAGGGAGGCGUUUGAAGGAUGAAGGUUCAUGUUGGAGAAGCUGAAGGUUUCUGACGACACUACAACACAUCGUGUGUGAUUUAAAGACCUGCUGUAAGGAUCCAACGCUACAACCUCCUGACUCUGCUGCCUUCACGGCUCCACGGGAGGCCGGGAAAUGUUGCUUUUGUCCGUUGGAGUCAUUUAAAGCUAUUCAGCCUGAGCGAUGAAGACGUUUCUGUCCGUCAACGAGGUGGCGUUGGUUGAAGUGAACGCCGCUUCUGUGCGUUUUAUCGGACCGAAGCUCCGUUUGGUUCUGACCAAUCACAGGACAAUCUGGUCAUCUGCUGUCAGCCGGGUCUGAUGGGAAAUGAAGUUUCCCAUCUUUUAUGCUUUUUAUUUUUACUGUUUUCUGCAGCUCGGCCUCUGAUAGGCUGCUUUCUGUGUGUAAUCAUGUAGGCUCCGCCUCCAGCUACAGCCGCCAUUAUUAAUGGGAUUUUCGUUGUGCGGUUCUCCUGAUGCUGCUAAAGGGAGCUUCGUUGUGCGAGUGUGUUUGUGUGUGUCUGUGUGUGAGUGGAUGUGCGAGUGUGUUUUUGCAGACUUUACUUUAUAAAGUGGAUUUUUUUUUUCAGUUUCCUUUUCUGUCAGGCUCUGAAGAGAGGGAGGAGCUUGAAGUGUUACUAUAGCAACCCGACUCACCUCUGCUCCAAUCCUGACCUCAGAUUCUAUGACAUCACAGGAGACAGCCCCGCCCCCUCCUCCCAGCUGUUUUGUGUGGCUUGUUUGUUGUAUCAAGAACCAAACUCAGGCUCUACCUGCAGACGGCAAUAAACUGACUGAAAGAACCGCC